AUGACAGAUGAACAGUCCAUUUGGAUGUAUGACCCAUCCUUGCCGCUUGCUAUCAUCGCAACUGCUAUCUACGGCCUCAUCUUCCUUGUCCUCGCCUACCAGACUCUCAUUAAAUAUCGAGCUUGGUUCUUCAUUGUUGUCGUCGUAGGCUCAGCCAUAGAGGUCGCCGCCUACAACCUCAGGAUACAUUCCAUCCAGAACCAAUCCGAGAUAACCCCCUUUGUCAUGACCUUGACGUAUACGGUCCUAGCCCCCGUUCUCAUCGCAGCAGGAAACUACCUACUCAUAAGUCGUCUAAUAUUCGCCGUUCUCCCUCAAUCGCACCAUCGAAUUCUUAAAAUUCCAGGUCGACAUCUGACACCGGUUUUUGUCGGAUGCGAUGUCAUCGCGUUCCUCAUUCAGGGAAGUGGCUCUGGGGUUGCGAGCUCUGACAACUGGCAGGGGGAGAUGGAGAGGAUCGGAGUCAAGAUACUCAUAGCCGGUUUAUCGUUUCAGCUCGUGGCCUUUUCGCUCUUUAUCUGUGUUUUUCGGCGGUUCCAUAUUCUGGCAGGUCGCAUGGCGAUCGAUAGUGCACCCAAGGGAUGGCAGAAGGUGGUUCUUUCAGUGUACAUCUCGAGUAUCUUGAUCAUGAUUCGCUGUAUAUUCCGUGUUGUCGAAUUUGCGGGCGGAAGAAACUCUUAUGCCUUCAACCACGAGUGGCUCUUUUGGGUUUUCGAGAGUCUGCCAAUGGUCGGUGCCAUUGGUAUCUUCUGUAUUUAUCACCCCUAUCGGUAUUUAGGGGAGUCUGACGGUCGACGUAAGGGUGUCCAGGCUGAAGACAGUGUUGAGUUGGCGGAGCGUCGAAAGUAG